GCUGACUCAGCGAACUCCGCAUCGAAUCGCGGAAGAAGGACACCAACCGCAACAAAAGCUUGCUGGCUGGGCAGCGACCAAACCUGUGUGGCUGCACUGCUCUUGAGACGUGAGCAGCACACGGAGGCUGGCUGGCUUGAUUGCUGGCUGGCUUGAUUGCUGGCUCAUGUGCACGUGGAGGUGCGGCGUCAGUCUUGAGCAGAGUGAAGCUGCAGAAUGGAGACGUAUGCGGUGCCGUUCACGCCAAUUGUGGUGGAUCACUUCAACGACAAGAAAUACCACCGCAGGGAAUCCGGCACCCUGUUCUUCCUGUCCCACUUCCACGCAGACCACUACGGGAAGCUGAACAAGGACUGGCAGUGGGGUCCCGUUUAUUGCUCCCAAACAACGGCCAAGUUAGUGGCCGCUGUGUUGGAGGUCGACGCAAACUACCUGCGUCCACUGCCACUGGAUACCUGGGUGGACGUCACCGCCACUUGCCGAGUGGCCCUCAUCGACGCCAACCACUGCCCAGGCGCAGCCAUGUUUCUCUUCCAUGUCAGAGAAACAGAGGGUGGCUUGGAGCAUUGGUACCUUCACUCUGGGGAUUGUCGCUAUACCCCUGCAUGGAAACAACACCCCCUCCUGCAGAACGUGGCCCUUGACAUCUUAUUCUUGGACACAACAUAUUGCGAUCCCAAGCACACGUUCCCGCCACAGGAGCAAGUUGUUCGCUUUGUUUCUGACACGGUCUCGCAAUACAUGCACGAGGACCAGCAAAGAGCCGACGGUGUCGAUACCCUGUUUCUGGUGGCCACAUAUUCCGUCGGGAAAGAAAAGAUCCUCACACAACUUGUCAAAGACCAGCACAAGCCACUGGUUGUGUCUGAGAAGAAGCGGCUCAUGAUGCAGCAACUUGAUCUUGACUGGCCCGUGCCAUUCGACGAAAUGUUCACCUCUGACCACCUCGCGAGCAACGUGCACGUGGUGGGGUGGCACAUGCUGGGCACAAUGGCCGCCGGUGGGUGGACGUUUCUGCCAGAUUACGAAACGUUGCAUGACAUGAUUGACCACUACAAGCCAAGAUAUCACCGAAUUGUCGCGUUUGUGCCAACGGGUUGGACAUAUGUCAUUGCGAAAGAACACCAGCGUCGCCAGGCACUCGCCCAGCACGACGAAGAGGUGCUUGGCGUGCUGCACCACAAGGAAACCAAGCGGAACGUCACGGUCUUCACGGUGCCGUAUUCCGAGCACAGCAAUUACCUCGAGCUCAGGGAAUUUGUCGCCUGGCUCAAGCCUGCGCGUGUCGUCCCAACAGUCAUAGGCGGCGGGCGAAGCUCGAACAAGGCGCGCCUAUACGCCAAAAUCUGCUCGCACUUUGAUGAUUUGAUCGACAAGAAGGCCGCAUCGCGCAACUUUCUCGCGUCCAUGCUCGGACGGCCUAGCGGAGUAUCAGCGCACGAAAGCGAUAAUCCCACACAGAAGCGGCCCAAACGGGAGAACACUGACGAUGAUGGUGGCAACUAUAUUGAGGGUGGUGGUAAUGAUGAUGAUGAUGAUGAUGAUGAUGAUGAUGUGUUGAUGAUCAUCGAUGAUGACGACGAUGAUGAUCGAGCAAGGAAUGGUGGUGCUCAGCAUGAUAAAAGCGGCGGUGACGACGCUAGUGCAGAGUCGCAGCAGGACGCAACUGAUGGCCGUCCCGCACCUGCGACAGAUGAAUCCGUGUGUCGCAUUCAGGCUCUUCUUGGCGCUGACGUCUCGCGAAAAGCGAUUGCAGCAGCGCUGGCGGCAAGUGGCGGGGAUGCAGAGAAGGCAGUCAACAUCCUACUGGACAGUGGAACGUCCAACAUCACCGCAAGCAGCACCAGCACCACCACCACCAGCAGCAGCAGCAGCACCACCACCACCACCACGAGCACCAGCACCAGCACCAGCACCAGCAGCAGCAGCAACAAGGGCAUCAAGCAAGGCAGCAGGAGUGGCGGUGGCAAGAACCGGCAUCGAGCGAAGAAACAAAAGGAUGCGGGCGCUGCUCAGAUGACGCUGACUCGAUGGCUUUCACCACGCAAGCGAAAAUCGCCCAAGAGCACGACGAGUACGGCAGCAGCCGAAACCAGAGCAGUUGAGAGAACGAACACAAGCGGUGCUGAAGAAAGAGCACAGCCAACAGCAAGACGGCUGUCGAUGGGUGAGGGGGACGUGCUGUUGAUUGACAGCGAUGAUGACGCACAUGAUUCGACAAAUGGUGGCGGUGGUGAUGCGAUACACCAAGACACGCUUCCAGCGUCAACACCAGCAACAGACGCAACGGCGCCUGGAGUCAAGCGCGAACCAAUGACAAGCCAUAUGACAGCAGCACUUACCAGCGGAACGCCAACAACAACGACAGCAGCAUCAACAGCAACAACGACAGCAACAACAUCUGAGGACUGCGAGUAUUUGGUGAUUGCAUCGACAUUCGAGGAGAUGUUAAAGACGAAAUCGCGGCUGAAGAUUACAGAGCUGCUCAAGACGAUGCUGUGCACGGUGCUCACCACAACAGAGAAGCCGGAUGGCACCCCUGACACCGAGGCGCUAAUUGCGACUGUGUAUCUGUCAACCAACAGCAUUGCGCCCUCCUACCGCAACGUCGAGCUGGGUAUUGGCGAGCGCCUGGUUGCAGCUGCCGUCCGCACCGCAACAGGGCGAUCGCGUCAGCAAAUGCGCAGCGAUUACAAGGAAUUGGGCGAUUUGGGGGACGUCGCCUUCAAGGCGCGAUCAAGCGUGCGCACCCUCUUUCGGCCAAGACCGCUCCAGAUCAAAGCGCUCUUCCGUGAUCUUCACCGCAUCGCGGUAAUGAAGGGCCCGGGAUCAGUGAAGCAGAAGCAAGCGCUCGUGCACAAACUGCUCGUGAGCUGUCGCGGGCCCGAGAUCCGAUUCCUCGUCAGAACCCUCAUCUCAAAUUUGCGCAUCGGUGCUGUUGGACUGACGCUGCAGGUCGCUGUCGGCCACGCAAUCCGCGAGUACCGACGCCAAACGCACAUUGCACCCGAUGAGGCUGCACAGCGUGUCAAGGACGCGUACGCGCGGCACCCGUGCUGGGAAACCAUCCUCACUGCGCUGCUGAGUCCCGGGUGCUUUGAUGAGCUUGCGGCGCGAACGCAGGCACACCCGGGCGUCCCCGUACGCCCCAUGCUCGGAAAAAUCACACGCGAUCUCGCCGAUGCUUUGGAGCGGCUGCGCGGAAAAAACUUCCAGGCGGAAUUCAAAUACGACGGUGUGCGUGCGCAGAUUCACAUUGACGCUCCCACCAGACAAAGGUCCGCAGCCACGCUGCACAUGUUCAGCCGCCACUUGGAGAAUAUGACGGACCGCUACCCGGACGCGCUUGAAAGCGUUCUGGAUGCACUGGCUGUUGAUGGCGAUAGCAAUGCCUUGGCCAUCUCAAGCUGCGUUCUUGAUGCGGAGAUUGUUGCGGUGACGGAGGACGGGACCAUGCUUCCGUUUCAGACGCUCAUGAACCGCGCGCGCAAGAAUGUCGAUGGCAGCUCCGUGUCCAUUCGCGUGCGCGUCCACCUGUUUGACAUCAUGCAUCACAACGGCGCGUCGUUACUCAAGCACCCGUUCAGACUCCGGCGGAAGCUGCUGCAAGACACGUUCACAAUGCUUCCCAACCGAUUGCAGCUGGUCACGGCCAAAACGUUUCAGUGCAAACCCGAUGGCUCACACAGCCCACAGCCCUUGCGCGAGUUCCUGCACGCUGCUCUCGAUGCCAAGUGCGAAGGAUUGAUGAUUAAGGUACUUGGUCCUGAAAUGAUCCCAGCAGCAGACGACACCACCACGUCCCACGGAAAGAAGACUGUCAAGAAUCAAGGCAGUGACAGCGACGACUUGUAUGCCCUCUCCACAUAUCAACCAUCCAAGCGCUGCGAAAACUGGCUCAAGGUGAAGAAAGACUACGUGGAAGGGUUGAGCGACAGCCUUGAUUUGGUUGUGAUUGGCGCGUGGUGGGGCAACGGCCGCAAGGCAGGCUGGUUCUCCCCUUUCCUCCUCGCCUGCUAUGACGAAGAAACAGAGACCUAUCAAUCCGUUUGCAAGGUGAUGUCUGGGUUCACGGACGAGUUUUACAAGACGACAACGGCACUGUUCAAAGAGAAGCAUGUCAUUGACGCCAAGCGAAGCUACUACGACGUCAGCGCCCAAAUGUCGCCCAGCGUCUGGUUUGACUCGGUCGAGGUGUGGGAGAUCAAGGGAGCCGACUUUACGGCGUCGCCAGCGCACACCGCCGCCAGGGGCGCUGUUGCAGAUCGACCUGGUGCAGGCAUUUCCCUGCGCUUCCCGCGGUUCAUCCGCAAGCGAGAGGACAAGACACCGGAGGAGGCGACAACCUCCACACAAAUAUCAGAGCUGUAUCAUCUGCAGUUCAAAACACCAGCGUGUGCGAGCGCUGCUGAUGGUGAUGGUGAUGGUGGUGGUGGUGAGGAUGACGACGAUGAUGAUGAUGGUGAUGGUGGUGGUGGUGAGGAGGAGGAGGAGGAGGACCCAGAAGGGGUUGGACAUUCGGAAUCGUGAAUGGGACACGCAGACACUGCAGACAUGGUGUGCAUUGUUGUGUAAUUUAUUCUUUGCAUUUUUUUGUUUGCAUAAAUACAGUGACAGACAUGAACACAUUCACAUGAAC